UAUUAAAGUUCAAAAAAAAAUUUCGCUUUGAAGGAGUGGUCCACGUCAUUUCCGCGGUCAAAAUUGUGAACUUACAUGCUACAUUUUAAAAACUCUUAGAGAAAUUUCGUAUAUCAAAGAGCAAAUAAUAGGGGUGGAAGGAUUCAAAAGAUAUCGAGAGGGUACAUGUAUGAGAACUUGACAUGCGACCGCUUCGUACCCAGUACGAGCAUCCAUAUCAUAACAAGCGAUUUUGAUCGUUUUCAUAAGUCUGGCGUCGCUGUCGUCGACAAUAUUUAUAGUGAAAAAACUGAACGAAACCUAAUUUGUAAACAUCUAUUGUCAACUAUGCUGAUACCUUUUGACCACAUUUGCGCGGCAACAAAAGAAGCCACAUUUUCUUCUGGUACUGAGAGUUUUGUAAUAAGAUUUAUCGACACAAUUUACAAAGCUCCUCAAGUGUCAGAACUGGCAUAAACAAUACAAUUUUCUCCGAUUGUUAAACUUUGGCGUGCGCCAUCUGGCAACAACCGACAAGUUGCCGAAUUGCCGGAUUACCUUUUUCAUUUAUGUUAAUAUUCCAUCUAGCUGCAGCUGAAAAUUUUUCGCAAUCCUCUAGAUAAGCAGCCACUGGAGCUUUAUAGAUUACUCUUUUGCUCUAAUUUGGGGCAACCAGUCGUAAUAUCGGGAUAGUUAUUGUGUUUUCUUACACAUUUCUGAUAUUGUAAUUUGGCACACGAAAAAAUGUCAUAAAUUGGAAAAU